AUUCGCUCUGCCUUCCUCAGCGACGAUUAAAGGCUUUGCUCUGGCAGUAGGAAUUUAGAGGGGGGGAAAAAAGGAAAAGAAAAAGCUGCGUUAAACUCUGCUGUGAUCUCAAACUCUUUGGACUGUUUCUUUUAAAAAAAAAAAAAACAUCUUGAAAGAAAAUCCACCCUACAAGAAAAUCAGCAUAGGAGGAGAUGGAAGUUUACCCCUUGCUCUUGGUUUUGUCCGUCGGGUGGUUUCGAACCUGGGACUCGGCGAAUGCGGAUUCGAUCAUUCACAUCGGAGCAAUUUUUGAUGAAUCUGCCAAAAAGGAUGAUGAGGUGUUUCGCACAGCAGUUGGUGACCUCAACCAGAAUGAGGAGAUCUUACAGACUGAGAAAAUCACAUUUUCGGUGACAUUUGUUGACGGCAACAACCCUUUUCAAGCAGUUCAAGAAGCCUGCGAACUUAUGAAUCAAGGCAUCUUGGCCCUGGUCAGCUCCAUUGGCUGCACAUCUGCGGGAUCCCUCCAGUCUUUGGCAGAUGCUAUGCAUAUCCCCCACCUCUUCAUUCAGCGUGCAACAGCUGGGACCCCAAGGAGUGGCUGUGGACUCACCCGGAGCAACAGAAAUGAUGACUACACGCUCUCUGUUCGCCCACCUGUCUACUUAAAUGACGUUAUCCUGAGAGUGAUCACAGAGUAUGCCUGGCAGAAAUUCAUUAUAUUCUAUGAUAGUGAAUAUGAUAUCCGUGGAAUACAGGAGUUUUUGGACAAAGUGUCUCAGCAGGGGAUGGAUGUUGCACUACAGAAGGUAGAGAACAACAUCAAUAAAAUGAUCACUACUCUCUUUGAUACCAUGCGAAUAGAGGAAUUGAAUCGCUAUCGAGACACUCUUAGGCGAGCCAUCCUCGUUAUGAAUCCUGCCACAGCCAAAUCCUUCAUUACUGAGGUUGUGGAGACUAAUUUGGUUGCUUUUGAUUGUCACUGGAUCAUUAUAAAUGAGGAAAUAAAUGAUGUGGAUGUACAGGAACUUGUAAGAAGGUCAAUUGGAAGAUUAACUAUCAUUCGGCAGACAUUCCCAGUCCCCCAGAAUAUAAGUCAGCGAUGUUUCCGUGGCAACCAUCGGAUAUCUUCAACAUUGUGUGAUCCAAAGGAUCCGUUUGCUCAGAAUAUGGAGAUUUCAAACCUUUACAUAUAUGACACGGUGCUUCUGCUUGCUAAUGCUUUUCAUAAGAAACUGGAGGACCGGAAGUGGCAUAGCAUGGCAAGUUUGUCCUGUAUCAGAAAGAACUCCAAGCCCUGGCAGGGAGGGCGUUCCAUGCUGGAGACGAUCAAGAAGGGUGGAGUUAGUGGGUUGACUGGAGAGCUAGAAUUUGGAGAAAACGGAGGCAAUCCCAAUGUCCACUUUGAAAUUCUUGGAACCAACUAUGGAGAAGAGCUUGGCCGAGGUGUUCGCAAACUUGGGUGCUGGAAUCCUGUCACAGGGCUGAAUGGGUCACUGACUGACAAGAAACUGGAGAAUAACAUGCGUGGAGUAGUUCUCCGUGUGGUGACCGUUCUGGAAGAACCUUUUGUAAUGGUCUCGGAAAAUGUCUUGGGUAAGCCGAAGAAAUACCAGGGCUUCUCCAUCGAUGUCUUGGAUGCCUUAUCUAACUAUCUGGGUUUUAACUAUGAAAUUUAUGUUGCACCGGAUCAUAAAUAUGGAAGCCCACAAGAAGAUGGGACAUGGAAUGGCUUGGUAGGAGAACUGGUCUUUAAGAGAGCUGACAUAGGGAUUUCUGCUUUAACCAUCACCCCAGAUCGUGAAAAUGUGGUGGACUUUACGACACGUUAUAUGGACUACUCAGUAGGAGUACUGCUUCGAAGGGCUGAAAAGACAGUGGAUAUGUUUGCCUGCCUUGCACCAUUUGAUCUCUCUCUAUGGGCUUGCAUUGCUGGCACAGUCCUUCUGGUGGGUCUUCUGGUCUACCUCUUGAAUUGGCUUAAUCCGCCACGAUUACAGAUGGGAUCAAUGACUUCAACUACUCUCUACAACUCUAUGUGGUUUGUGUAUGGAUCGUUUGUACAGCAAGGUGGGGAGGUCCCAUACACAACUCUGGCUACCCGAAUGAUGAUGGGAGCUUGGUGGCUAUUUGCUUUGAUUGUCAUCUCGUCUUAUACAGCAAACCUUGCUGCUUUCCUCACUAUCACCCGCAUUGAAAGCUCCAUCCAGUCUCUUCAGGACCUUUCCAAGCAGACAGACAUCCCUUACGGCACAGUCCUGGACUCUGCAGUGUAUGAGCAUGUUCGUAUGAAGGGAAUGAAUCCUUUUGAGAGGGAUAGCAUGUAUUCUCAAAUGUGGCGGAUGAUCAACCGAAGCAACGGAUCAGAGAAUAAUGUUCUGGAGUCCCAAGCAGGCAUUCAAAAGGUAAAAUAUGGAAAUUAUGCUUUUGUAUGGGAUGCAGCUGUAUUGGAAUACGUGGCUAUCAAUGAUCCAGACUGUUCCUUUUACACCAUUGGGAAUACCAUCGCUGAUCGGGGAUAUGGAAUUGCCUUGCAACAUGGCAGUCCUUACCGGGAUGUAUUUUCACAAAGGAUUCUAGAGCUUCAGCAGAAUGGGGACAUGGACAUCCUGAAGCACAAAUGGUGGCCAAAGAACGGCCAGUGUGACCUGUACUCUUCAGUGGAUACAAAGCAGAAAGGAGGUGCUCUGGACAUAAAGAGCUUUGCAGGGGUUUUUUGUAUCCUGGCUGCUGGAAUUGUCCUCUCCUGCUUUAUAGCCAUGCUGGAGACGUGGUGGAACAAGAGGAAAGGCUCCAGGGUCCCCUCAAAAGAGUUCCAAGUUCUAAUUCAGUGACAUAGUCCUGAAAGAUUUGCCACAUAAAGCACAAUAUGCUUCAUCCCUGCAGAAUGAAACUGCAUCUGAAAGAAGGAAUGCUUGGCCUUUGAGGCCAUGUUUGAAACUUGGCACCAAUACCUGGAGAAGCCAGGCAUCCAGUCAUGGCCUACAACAGUCAUCACAACUGGGAAGACCUCUGGAUGACCCAUAACCUCCAGCAGCACCAAAGCUGCUGAUCUCUUUCCCGCCUAUUGAUUUCAGGACCCACUAGAUCCUGGGUACCCAAAACUGGUGAGCUGGUAUCUAUAUUCUAAGUUAAAAAUUCUUAUUCAGUUCAAAGAAGUUGAACUCACCAGGUCAUGACACCCAAAAUCUUGUCUGUAAUCCACUCAUAAAAGAGAGAUGAAAGGACUGCUGCUUUCAGCCACCGAAUGGGUGUCACUGGCACCAGCCCCUUAGCCCUGGAGAGAUGUGUGUACACAGUGGAUGUCUUGCCCAUGUGUCCUGGUCAGAAGCACUCACACUGAGGUCGAAGCCUACACCACAACAGUUUUGUUCUCUGGCUUCUACCUAUUCAAGAUUUAGCACGGUCUCAACUGUAGGUCUUGGGACUUCUGAUGGCCAACUGUCCAAGAAAAUGUGGAGGACCAAGGAGAAUGCGUCUUGGCAGAACUGAAUCAGAAAAAGACAGAGGCCUCUUCUAACACUUGUUGAUCCAUCGGUGAUUGUGAUUAAUCAUCUUUGAGGAAUUUUAUCACAAAGGUCUCUCCAUAUUACUAAAACAAUGUUAUCUUUAUAUUGAGCAAAAUGAUCCACUUUUCUCCACACCAACGGACAUAGCCUUUCCCCCAGUGACCAUCAGAUACCUACAUUCUGCAUGGAUCCCUGACUAAUGGAGAGUCACCAGUUUGAGUCCACAUUGAGUAAAUUUGUUAUUGCAAAGAUCACUUGGAUCAUGAGAUUACAACCAGGAAUAGCAGUGACUGUGUAUACCAAAAUAACUGAGUUUUCCUUAUACCCAGUUAGUUCCACAUUCAUCUAUAGUACCUCUUCCAUGCAAAUCCAUUUCCUACAAGUAAAAUAUGGAAGCAUCCCAUGAAACAUCCCAAUCCCUCAUGAAUUCAACCAAUUUUGAUUGAGGACCUAUUAUAUGCCCAACACUGUAUACAAUUCUAAGGAUACAAUGACGAGUAAAUCACAGUGCUUGCCCCCAAGAAGUUUACAUUCCAAUGGGGAAGUAAGACAAUCAAACAGCGUGGUGAGUGCUAGAGCAGAAUUCUCUUGCCUCUGGUCUUUGACCAUCCAGGGAGCUCCUAGUUGCCCAGGCUUACUCACAGAUGAUCUUCUAAUAUGCCAAAGCAACCCACAAGAUUCAAGCCAACAAGCAGCAGGUGACAGAGGAACCCCUGCAAGUGGUGAUCCUAUGGAUUCUGGUUACUGAUGUAUUAUUUCUAAACCACCUGACUUUUAAACAAGCUAGAUGCUCACUUACUAAGCGCCUUCCCUGUUAUGGCAUCAAACUGGUAGCCUGCAGGUUGUGGUUGCUGAUGGUGGAAUCAAGCUGUGAAGUUGAAGGACAUGGCUUCAAGUUUGGGUCCUAGCACUUAUCAUGACUGGGCACAUCACUUAAGCUCUCUAGUCUUUGGUGUCUUUCUUUGCAAAACAAAAAUGAAAACAUUAUAUACUAUACCUACCUCACAGGGUUGUUGUGAGAAUCAAGUGAAAAUGUAUGUGAAAGCACUGUGUAACUUUGUUAUUUUUUAAUCACCCCAUUUUCCAUGGGUUCUUCCUUCUCCCUACCAAAUACAGUCUUAUAAUUUACUAGAAGGAUGUUCUCUUCCCCACCCCUACCCCCACCCUGCCUUACAAGUGAAUGGUACAAAGAAGAUGAAGUACAUGCCCUCCUGGAUGUCUGGUUUUAGUAUGGGAAUUCUGAUGCCACAACAACGGCAAGGAUAUAAUCCAGAGGACCAAAGCCAGGGUCCUAUUGCCAUGUAGACAUUCCACCAUUAACACACCCAUAAGCCUGGACACCAGUCAGCCCUCUAGAUGAAAAGCUUUCUCUAGAGCCCAUUAUACAGAAUCCAUUCUUGGCCCCAGAGAACUAACAAGACAGCAAUGAUUCAGGGAGUCUCCUGGGCUCUGGCUGCCAAAGAAUCACCAGCCUUUGCAACGGAAAGCAUGCCUCCCAAGAAAGAUCAAGAGCAGUUGGUUAAAGGAGACACUGGCCUAAUUAAACAAAACACAAGCCGCCCCUGACUACCUGACCUAUUACAGUUGGGCUGGCAAGAGAAACUCCUAGACAUUUAUUUAAAGCAAAGAUUUGGUGACCAUUUCUCUUUAAGCACAUUUGGUGACCCUCAGGCCAAUUUGGCUCUUGCCUCUCUGAUUUUGACUUGUCUAUUCCCUGUCUAGCCAACAAACCUGUGAUAAGAUGUGUUCCUGGCUUACCAAUCUCAUAUUUUCCCCUUAUACACACACACACACACACACACACACACACACACACACACACACACCAUGUUUCUUAUCUUGCACACAUGGCCAAGCCAUAGCCUGGUCUUCCAUUUCUGGAGCCUUCUAUGACAGGUUGGAACUUUGAUUCUAUUUCAGUCCUGGGUGGAAGUUUAAAUAUAGUGCCUAUGGAGCCACUGACAAUGCAGCAAUCAUUUAAGAAAGAAAAAAUGAUUUUGUCUUUCUACUUAGAAUACACAAGCUUCUCCAAAAUGUGAAGAGCAUAUUAGCAUGGAUCUCCAGGAACAGCAUAAAGUUUCUAUAAAAGGUCUCCUGAGUGAAGAGAAUGAUGAUUACGUGCCAAGAGAUGAGAUAGGAUUGGCACUGCAGAAGUUCUGAAGUAAGAUCUUAUGUCGAAAAUAGAAAAUUUCAACUAAAAUCCAUUCCUCAGUUUCUUGGAGCAAGGAAAGAGGAUUAUAAGAAAAAUCUUAGCUCAAUGUUUAUAUCAGUUUUCAAAAUAUUUUUAAAUGAAAUGGAAAAUAAUUCACAAUCUCCUCUUUGCUAUAUGUCAGAAUAGCUGAAACUUAGUAUACCAAUUCAGUGAACUGAGAAAUUCCCAGGUCUCUUUUCUUAAGGCUAUGAUAUUAACAUUUCAUUGUAAUACUUUUUAAAAAUAAAAAAAAUUAAAACAGUCUCUUAUAGUUUACAAUCACAACUUGGUGUGGGAAGGAAGCCAGAAAGACUCAGAGAACCAGCCACCCAAGGUCAGAGGCACUGAGCCAAAGGACCCAGCUAAGAUGGCCCACGCCAGGAAGAAAAGCUGCUGCUGAAAUGACAGGCCAAGCAUAUGAAAUAAGAUGAUCUCCAGGUCAUGGUAGCUGACAAAGAAGAAUAGACUAAUCCAAAUUGGGAAACAGAUUAAGAUGUUGGAAUAGGUACCAGGAUGAAUAGAGCUGGGCAGGAGAUGGAGUCACCUACUAGCACACAAUGUUUUUCUUACAGUAGCCUUUCUUAUGAGCUGCAAUAUUACUUUCUAGUUCCUUUUUCAGAAGUAAAAUCCUCAGUAUCACUGAGGCCACUUACAUAGCCAGCCCUGAAUAGAAACUCCUUCCUUACGCACAGACAUACCUUUUUACUAUCUUGGUGGAUAUAAUUUUCUUUUCCAAAGAUUUUUAAUUUUUUCACAAUUCUUUGAUAAAUUAUUUUAGCAAUAAAAAUUUGUCAAUAAAUUCUUUCCCUUUUUGAAUUCCAAUUCCUUCUUUGGUGAUUACAAAUUGGUAAUAAAAAUGAAUUGCUUUAGUUAAUAGUUUGUCUUCCCUUGCAUGCCUAGGGCUAUAUGAGAGGGAAAAGUUAUUUCUCCUCAUAGAGUACAUACAAGUGAGCUAGAAACAACUACUAUAGUUAAAUACCAGGCAAGGAUAGCCAAGGGGGUGUUUGCUAGUGACACACAGUAAGCAUUCAAUCUGUACAUUGCACCUGUUUUCCAAAAAUCAGAGGAGAUCAACUCUCCCACUGCUACAUCAGGAUGUAGAGACUGCUGAGUGAAAGACAGACCACAGGAUGAAAAAGAAUGAUGCAGGCGGCAUUUUGCAGAAGGAGGUGGGUGAAUGCAAAGACCGGCCACUUCCCAUAGCUGGCAGAAGUGCCAGGCUUUUCACAGAAUUCACAUUAGAAGUUCCAGCAGUACAUGGAACCGGGCCAGUAGAUACAAUGGUGGGGAGAGUAGGGAAAUUUCAGUAAUGAGACUGAACUCUGCACACUUUGAAACAGACUAAGAAAGCUCUACUAUUGGCAACAAAGAUUGUUUUUAUUUUUGUUUUUUAAUUGAUUAUUCUUACUAAACUUGGUAAGGCAUGAGUAAGUGUGGGGAAUAAAGUCAGUGGAUUAUAGCCCUUGGGUUCGUAAUGAAGAAGAUAAUCUAAAUGUUGUCAACAGAGACAGAUCCACGAGAGAUGGGAAGGUACUAACAGGAAUCUCGCUGCGUAUCUUUUCCAAUAUGCUAUAUGUACAGUUAUGCUUAAAUUGACUGCCCAGUAAACUGCGACUGGUUCUUACCUUUUGUGUGAGUUCAGUUCUUCUCCACUGCAUCUUUUUAUGGUCUUUUAAAGUCUUGAAUUUUUCAAAGUUAACAGAGUACCUGUUAGUAUCUGAACCAGAUACAGAUAGUUCCAUCGAUAUUCUGGAAUGGCCAAGCCAAAUAAACAGCAAUUCUUUACUGAGUAACAUUUAUUUCAAGUGGAAUACAUACAAAUUACACCAAGAAGAUGUAAUAUCGUCUCUCUUACCACAGGCCCUAGUGUAUUAUGAUCCCAAAUUUGCCGUCUUCCACUCCACACAAACAAAACUAAUUUCUUUAAGGUGACAGUCUACACAGAGAAUACUGUUUGUUUGUGUUUUUUUCACUAGAUCAAAAGUUAGCAGUAAUUAAACCAUUCUUUGAAGGAACUAAUGAAACAAGUUAAACUCCUUGAAGGUAUUUUUUUCUUUCCAUUUACACUGAGUGGCAUCCAUGUUCCAGACACUGCGUUAAGCAAUGGACAUCACCUAGUGUGCAAAAUCAUGGCGUUCACACGCCAGGGUCAGAGGGCGUAAAGGCUAUUUGAGACAGAGAGACCAGCAAUCAUCCUUCAGUGAGAGAAAGCAAAGCCCACGUAGAACUGAAAUGCCAGUGUGGCUGAAUGAACUAAACACAGGUCCCGGGGACUGGAGCCCUGAAGCAAAGGUAGGAAGGGUAGGAGAUGAGGUAUAGAGGUGAGUAGGAACCAACCUAUUCAGAGUCUUGGAGGCCAACUGAGGAACUUGGUCUUCAGCCUAAGAGCCUCCAGAAGCCAUAGCGGGUUUUUAGCAAGAGUCGAGUCGAAACUUUGUUUGCCUUGCCUUGUUUUGUACAUACAGAGAGUGAUCAAAAUAUACGUACUGAAUAAAUUCAGGAAAGUAUUUUUUUAUUUUCCACAAAAUAUCCCAGAAAACUGUUAUUAUAUUUUCCUAAAUUGAAUUGAUUAUCAGAAUCAUUACUCAGAAACUUCCACUUAAAGAGGCCCUCUGAGAUGUACAUUCACGUGGUGCCAAGGGUGUCAGUCAGUAUUGCAGUCUUAUCCAGUGCAUAGUGCAUACAGGGAUUCCGUCUUUAAAAGAGAUACAAAAAUUGUCCCGAAACAGUGGUACAGAAGAAAAUAUUUUGGAAGCUUCCAUGAGAAGAAGUGAAGAAAUCAUUACUAUUUACUACUGUACAAGGGGCAGGAGCUCAAUUUAGAAUGGGAAAUGGUAAUAAAGGAGUCUCCGAAAUGUAGAGAUGUCCAAAUUUGCAUGCACACCAAUAGCAACAUUAGGUUGCAGUCUCUCCUCCAUCAACCCUUCUCUCACCCACGCCGAAAGAGAUACCUGGUGCCUCCAGCAGCUGCAUGCCUUCAGGGAACUGGGACAGGAAUUGGUCUUGGCUUUCCCCACAGACUAAGGCAUAUGCUUUCUCAGUUCAGCUAAUUCAAUUAUCACCUGUUCAUGUGUUUCCAUUUUGUAAAAUUAGUUGACAUCUUUCAUUUACUAUUGUCUCUAACCAUUCUCUUUCGGUUUUUGUUUUGGGGGUCUUUUUUCUGUCAUAUUAAUGGUGUUUUGAGGAGAGCAUCUGCUGUUCGGCUAAAACAACCAACUGGAACUUAUUGUUUUAAUUUACAUUUCCUGGUUGAAUAUGUUUUUGAUCUUUAUGGACCAUUUUUACUGCUCCUUCAUGAAUUACCUGCUCUUAUCUUUUGGCUGUUUUUCUAUCAGGAAC